UUUCUCUCUCUAAAUCAGUGCUGCAACUAGCCAACUACAGUUGCAGAUCGAGUUCACCUCGUCGCUCCAGCCAAUGCACCCCUCCGCUAGAUAAUAUCUUAUCUCGCCGAGAACGACGGCAGGGCUGGGCACGGCGCAGUAUAAGUUCAGCUGCAGGCGGCCGCCGUCUCGAUCGACACAAAGAGAGGGAUCUGAUUGUUCUUGAAGAGGAUGGCGCAUGGCAGAGGCAGCUCCCGGCGGCUGCAUGCGCGUCUACUGGCGGUGGUCGGGCUCCUCGCCUGCGCCGCCGUCGCGCCGCGCUCCUCGGCGCUCAACGUCGGCCUCCAGACCCUCGACGCCGACGGCGACGGCGCGAGCAAGCAGCAGGCGUGCAGCCGCACGUGCGAGUCCGACCACUGCACGACGGCGCCCUUCCUCCGGUACGGCAAGUACUGCGGCAUCCUCUACAGCGGGUGCCCCGGCGAGCGGCCGUGCGACCCCCUCGACGCCUGCUGCAUGCACCACGACAACUGCGUCCUCGUCAAGAAUGACUACCUGAGCACGGAGUGCAACGAGGGCCUGCUGGAGUGCCUGGCGGAGCUGCGGGCCGGCACGGGCACGUUCGAGGGAAACAAGUGCAUGAUCGACGAGGUCAUUGACGUGAUCACCGUCGUCAUCGAGGCCGCCGUCGUCGCCGGCCGGGUCCUGCACAAGCCCUAGCCAGUAGUACCACGGCGGCGCGCGGGGGACAAGCAGCAACAACUUGCUCGGUAGGUGGGUGGUACAUGCCUUUUCUGCUUGGUGUCACUCGUCAGUCACGGUGUGUGUUCGUCCUGGCGCGCACCGGCGCCUCACGUACAGUCUAGAUCGCACGGGCGUGACCUGGUUGUUGCUUCAGCUAAGAUCCACGGCGGCGCCGGAUUUUACGACAUGUAUAUGGGCAUGGUUACCAUCACCUGCUUUGCAGGAUUUAAUUUACUUGAGUUGGUUAGCCUUUUCCUACACAUCAUGUGCAGCUCGUACGUGUUCAUGUCAUGCAUAAUUGGUACUACUUACUACACUGUUGUUACCACUUCAAAUUUCAGUGAAUUUUGCUGCUUAAAGCUACUUUGGAUUUUGGGGGUAAUUUAUUGAUCAAUACUGUAAUUUGUGUCGUCUGAAUUAUGUAUAGAACAAAAGCGGCUUGUCCUUUAA